GUAAAUAAUGAGUACAAUGCUUUAUAAUAGCGUUCGUUUCAUGCUCAAACCAUGGAGACCAAAAAGAGAAAUAUUUCACUUUGUAUUUUCAAAGGCAAUGACAUAAACAUCAGCAAACAAAAUUAUAUUUUAGCUUAGAAAACAUAUUUAAGAAAAGCCUAAAGUCUUGAUGUUAUCAAUAAACUCAGGUUUUUAUUUUUAGAAAAUAUCAAUUUAGCAUAUGGAGAUCAAACUUAAGCAUAAAUUGUAGCUGAAGCAUUUGAAUAAGCAGCAAAAAAUUUAGAUGCUCCUUUUUAUACUUUUAUUGAUUGUUAUGCUUUAGGAUCAGCAUAUUACUUAGCAAGUUAUGGUACUGAAGUUUAUGCAAGUAAUUAUUAUUUUUAAGAUAUAUAGAUCCAUUUUCUUUAAUUGGAGAACUUUAAGUUUGUAAAAGAUAGAUUGGAUUAUAGAAUGUCCUUGAAAAAUUUAAAAUUAAUUAUAGUAAGAGCAAGAGAGAAAGUAUAUUAUUAGAUGCAUUCACAAAAGUUAGCGAGAAAUAAUUGGAAUUUAUAAAUAAAGAACUUUAAACUGAAUUUAAAUUUGCAUUAGAUCAAAUAAAAUAGAAUAGAGCAGGUAAGAUUAAGAAAUUUGAAGAGAGUAAGAUUUAUACAGCAUAAUAAGCACUUGAGAAUGGAUUGAUAGAUGAAAUUAGCACUUUUGAUGAAAUUUUAGCAAAAAAAUAUCCAAAAUUCAAAUCAAGAGAGUUAACAAUUUUUAAAGAUGAAAAUGCACAAAUAAUAGUUUAAGGAUAAUUACAAUUAGCAAUAGAAAAUUUGCUCACAAAAUUUGAAAAUAAUUAUGAGCUUUACUUAAAUGAAAAUGCUUACAAUGAUGUUUAAGAACAGAUUAGUGAAUUAUUGACAAAUGCACUAAAUAAUAUUGAUAUUCAAUAAAGUGUGUAUGAUUUGAUGAUGGAUUAUUUGAAUGACUUUAUUAUAAAUUCUAAUAAAUAUUGAGC